UCCUCCUCCUCCUCCAAGUCAAAGUUGUCUCUCCGCUCAGGAAAGAAGCCGUGGUGCGUUCAGGGUCCUCGCUAGUCGCUUCACCCGGCAGCCAUGCGGCGGAAGCAGAAGCGGCUGCUGCAGGUCUGCGGGCUGCUCGUCGCGGCUCUGCUCUUCCUGCCCAACGUGGGGCUGUGGUCCCUGUACCGGGACCGGGGGGCCGACAGCGGGCCGGCGGACGGUCCGGCCGCCGCGGUACAGGCGGUGAGCCGGCUGGGGGAGGCCGCUCAGCCGGGACGCCACGGCGCCCGGAGGAAGGACUGGCAUGACCACGAGGCCAUCGGGAGAGACCGCGCCCGAUCCGGUAACGGGGAGCAGGGGAAGCCGUUCCCGCUGACUGAGGCCGACCGGGUGGACCAGGCCUACCGGGAGAACGGCUUCAACAUCUACGUCAGCGACCGGAUCUCCCUGAACCGCUCCGUCCCCGACAUCCGCCACGCCAACUGUAAGCUGAAGCUGUACUCUGACUCGCUGCCCAACACCAGCGUCAUCAUCCCGUUCCACAACGAGGGCUGGUCGUCGCUGCUGAGGACCGUGCACAGCGUGGUGAACCGCUCGCCACCACAGCUGCUCCACGAGGUGCUGCUGGUGGACGACUUCAGUGACAAGGAGCACCUGAAGGCGGCGCUGGAGGAGUACAUGGUGAGGUUUCCCAAAGUCCGCAUCCUGAGGACCAAGAAGAGGGAGGGGCUUAUCAGGACCCGCCUGCUGGGCGCCGGCGUCGCCACAGGAGACGUCAUCACCUUCCUGGACUCCCACUGCGAGGCCAACGUCAACUGGCUGCCUCCACUGCUGGACCGGAUCGCCCAGAACAGGAAGACCAUCGUGUGUCCGAUGAUCGACGUGAUCGACCACGACCACUUUGGCUACGACGCGCAGGCGGGGGACGCCAUGCGAGGGGCGUUCGACUGGGAGAUGUUCUACAAGAGGAUCCCCAUCCCCCCGGAGCUGCAGCAGGGGGACCCCAGUGAGCCCUUCCAUCGGCCUCAAGGUCAAGAGACUGAAAUGGAGAGUGAGUGGACGCAGCGGAACAUGAGCAGACCUCCAGUGUUUUUAUCAAACACAUGAACUCUAAAGCUCAGUACAAGACAUCGUGUUGUAUGUUUCUGUUGGCUGAAAGUAGAACUUUCCUCAGUAGAACUUUCCUGAAAGCCUCAAACGUCACAUCGAAAUGUUACGAAGGUCAUUUCUACUUUGGGAGAAGUACAAUAAUAAAUAGUUACGUUUGACACACACAGUAGUUCUUAGUUCGUUGGGGUAGAGCCAGUCCCAGAGUCUCUGAGACCUUCACAGCGAAGACCAUUCGAAGACAACCCCUUGGCAGUGGUGUCUCUCCUACCGGUACAGUAACACUAGCCUCAACCUGUCUGGAACCUCGCAGUAGCUCGGGGAGGGCAGCGUUGGAAGCGCAAUGGCCAAGUUAGUGGGGGUAGAACCAGUCCCCGGGUCUCAGCGAAGACCAUUCGAUGACAACCCCUUGGCAGGGGUUUCUAUCACCUACCAAAAUGGUUACCCUAACCCAGGGGUGUCAAACUCAUUUUCACCGAGGGCCACAUCCGCCUCAUGGCUGCCCUCAAAGGGCCGGUUGUCACUAACACGGUAUAAUUCUAACUACUCCAGAACAUAUUGUUAAAUAACUGUCUUUGCAUUUGUUUAUUGUUUAUUUAGGUGUAAUUAUAUGAAUUGAUAACUAUAUAUGCAAAUGUAUUUAAUAUUAUAAAAUAAAUCUAUUUAAUUUCA